AUGUCCAGACGUCUCUUGAAAGAAAUCAGAGACCUGGUGGGUGUCACCGAAGAGAACCCCACUCUAAAGCUUGUCUCGCCCCCACAUUCGCUUGCCCAGAUAGAGGUGUCCAUCUCCGUGCCGGAGAACCCCCUCUACAGUGGACAGACCUUUGUGGUCUCCUACACACCGGGGGGUGACUAUCCGUUCCACCCGCCCACGGUUGUCUUCAACGGGAACACGAUCCCGCUGCAUCCACACGUGUACAGCAAUGGCCAUAUCUGUCUCAACAUCCUCUAUGACGGAUGGACCCCCGUGCAGACCCUCCUCUCUGUUGUGCUCUCCCUACAAUCAAUGCUUGCCGGCAACAGUCUCGCCGAAAGACCCCCCGACGACGACCUCCAUUGUGGGAGGGGGAGCAGCGAUCCACAGAAGACAAGGUGGGUCUUUCAUGACGACAAUGUAUAG